AUGUUGAUUCCAAGGUCUGUCGGAAGGAGAGCCGCCUCUUCCCUCAGGGGCCAGGCAGUCAGAAGAAACAUCAAUGCCUCGCAGCGGAGGACGCUCGUCGCCCCGCCGCGGCCCGGGAGUGGUCCGCUGAUGGAGAGGAGAGCAGACCGAGAGCUUCCCGACAUCAACGCCAACCGCUUCCACUGGUCGCGCACGCUGCCCGUCUUCGCCGCCCUCAUCGGCCUCAGCAGCCUCGCCAUCUUCAACUACCAAAAGUCGAGCAGCCCCGUGGUGUCGUCGACGCUGUACGCCCUGCGCACCUCCCCCAGGGCCCGCGAGCUCCUCGGCGACGAGAUCUACUUCAAGCAGCAGAUCCCCUGGAUCAGCGGCGAGAUGAACCAGCUGCACGGCCGCAUCGACAUCAGCUUCGCCGUCAAGGGCACCAAGUCGACGGGCGUCAUGCGCUUCGCCAGCCACCGGCCCACGGCCCGGGGCGUCUUCGAGACGACCGAGUGGAGCCUCGAGGCCGAGGACGGCCGCAAGAUCGACCUACUCGACGGCGAGGAUCCCUUCCGGGCCCUGAUGAACGACGGCCUCGACGACUUUGAGGACGACGCGCCGACGACGAGAGGGUUCAGGCAGAUGAACAAGACGUAG